AUGGUGCGUGUGAGUAACAAUUUGGUGGGCAUUCUUAAUUUCGUCACACUUUUGCUCUCAAUUGCCAUCAUAGGAGGGGGCAUAUGGCUCUCUAAACAAGCUAACACAGAGUGCGAGAGGUUUCUUGACAAACCCGUAUUCGCUUUGGGAGUGUUUAUUCUGCUUGUUUCAUUGGCAGGGGCCGGACAGUCCUUAACUGAUAAAGGCUACAAAGAAUACAGGCUUGGGGAUUACUCUAAUUGGCUGCAGAAAAGGGUCAACAGUGACAAGAAUUGGAACAAGAUAAGGAGUUGUUUGCAAGACAGUAAAAUCUGCCAGAGGCUGCUGGAUGAUGGCUCCUCCACCAAAGUUAAAGAUUUUUACGGGGAACAUCUCUCUGCUCUUCAGUCUGGUUGCUGUAAACCAUCAAACAACUGCAACUUCCAGUAUGUUAGCCCGACCAACUGGACUAGGACCCCUCAAUCAUCGUUAACGAAUCCCGACUGCGUUACGUGGAGCAAUGACCCCAAUGUUUUGUGCUAUAGCUGCCAAUCAUGCAAGGCUGGGUUGCUGGAUAACAUCAAGAGAGACUGGAAGAGGGUGGCUCUCAUCAACAUAAUAUUCCUAGUCUUUCUCAUAAUCGUCUACUCCAUUGGAUGCUGCGCUUUUAGAAACAAUCGGGAGGACAACGCAUGGAAACGAUACCCUUGA